AUGAAAAGUUGGCAAUUAUGGUUGUUUUUCGUAGUCUGUUGUACCACUGGAGUCUUGUUUGGACAAAUAAAUGCUCAAACUGGUUCAUGUUCAAUACAAUGCGUGAAUCCACUCGGUGGAAACCAAUGCAUUGCAAAACCAUCGAUGUGUGAUGGAGCUCGGGAUUGCAUGGACGGAAGUGAUGAAGAUCCAAAGUAUUGCGGCGUCAUCUGUAGUUCGAAUGAAAUUCAUUGCAGAAAUGCGACGAACGGCCGACGAUGCCUACCUAAAGUAUCGAUGUGUAAUGGAGUUGGGGAUUGUGCCGAUGGAAGUGACGAAAAUGCGGUGUAUUGCAAUCGUAGUUGCAGUUCGGGUGAAAUCCGAUGUUUGAAUCCCAUUGGUACCCUACAAUGUAUAUCUAAAUCAUUGAUGUGCAAUGGUGUUCGGGAUUGUGCUGAUGGAAGUGACGAAAAUUCAAAGUAUUGCGUUGCUGGUUGUAAUUUCGGUGAAAUCAGAUGUUUGAAUCCAGGCAAUGGUCCUCAAUGUGUACCACGAACGUUCGUGUGUGACAGAUUCAAGGACUGUGCGGACGGAAGUGACGAAGACCCAAAAUUUUGCGUUGCCAAUUGUACGGCAGCUGAAGUCAGAUGUGUGUCUCCGAGCAAUGGACUAUUAUGCUUAUCCAAGGCAUCCGUAUGCAACGGCAUUAGAGAGUGUGCUGAUGGAAGUGAUGAAGAUCCAAAUUAUUGCGCUCAGUCAUGCGCUGCAAAUGAAGUACACUGUGUGACGGUACCCACUGGUGGGAAAAUAUGUGUCCCUAAAACAUAUUUGUGUGAUCGUGAUCGAGACUGCACGGAUGGAAGUGAUGAAGACCCAGCCUAUUGUGAUGCCGGCUGUGCUACGACCGAGGUACACUGCGUGAAUCCAAAUGGUGGUCGAUUAUGUGUACCUAAGACAUCAGUAUGUGAUGGCAUUCGGGAUUGUGCUGAUGGAAGUGAUGAAAACCCAAACUACUGUCCACCAACAUGCAAUUCGAAUGAAGUACGAUGUGUGAAUUCCACUAGCGGUCCAGCAUGUGUUCUUAAAUCAUCAUUAUGCAAUGGUUUUCGGGAUUGUGCCUCUGGAAUCGACGAAGAUCCAAAAUACUGUGCUGCUAGUUGUAAUUCGGGAGAUAUUCGGUGUGUGAACCCGGCCAAUGGGCCAUUGUGCGUUUCGAGAUCAGCGAUGUGCGACGGAACUCGCGACUGUACUGAUGGAAGCGAUGAAGAUAUAAGAUAUUGUGAUACUGUUUGUACGUCUGAUCAAGUUCGAUGCAGUAAUUCAAGCACUGGUCAAAUAUGUAUAUCCAAGCUAUCUUUGUGUAAUGGAAUGUGGGACUGUGCUGAUGGAAGUGAUGAAGAUCUCAAUCAUUGCACUAACUGUAAUUCGGCUGAAAUUAGAUGUGCCAAUCCAGGCAGUGGAAAAAUCUGUGUUUCCAAAUCAUCAGUGUGCAACGGUGUUCGAGACUGUGAUGAUGGAAGUGAUGAGGAUCCGAGAUAUUGUGCUCCAGCUUGUAAUUCGAAUCAAAUUCACUGUGUGAAUCCGGGCAACGGUCCACUAUGUAUACCCAAUUCAUCUAUGUGCAAUGGAGUCAGAGACUGUGCCGAUGGAAGCGAUGAAGACUCAAGUUACUGCAGGUUUUUCGUGAUAACCACUUCAACGAUGACACCCAACAAUCUUUGCCUCAGUCUUCCUGGCAUUUGCCAGAAUGGUGGAACAUGCGUGUCGUACUCAUUAUCGUCCUUGAAUUGUAUCUGUACUCCACAAUACACAGGAUCAACAUGCACGACGCUUAUUACUACGUCCACGUGCCAGUCCAACCCGUCGUUGUGCUUAAACGGUGGCUACUGUGUCCUAGCCGGCAGCACAUAUCAGUGUGCGUGUCCUAAUGGUUUUACCGGACAAUAUUGCCAAACCUCAACAUUGCCAAUCAACGGACAGUGCAAUCCGAAUCCGUGCAGAAAUUCUGCUGAAUGCAGUAUAGCUGGUGCUGGUUAUAGAUGUCAAUGUCGCCCAGGCUUCACUGGAACAAUAUGUGAGGUAGAUAGUCGGCCAGCGUCCUGCAGCAUCAAUUGUUCACCAGGCUACUGUUUUUCCAAUCCAAUGACAAAUCCACCCUAUGCUUGCUAUUGCCCCAACGGCACCAUUCAAACAAAACACUGCUGA